AUGACACGAAUAAAUUUAUACAGAUUAAGUGUACUACCAAAUAUUUUAAAAGUUACAACUGUAAUUUUUGCUAUUAUAAUUUUAAUCAUAACAGGAUCAGCCAUUAUUCAAAAUUCGGGUUUGAAAAUUGUACGAAUCACAGCAACAGCAAAUAUAGUUGUAAAUAUUAUUCUUAUAGCUAUACUAGCUUUAGAAUUAGAUGAUAAAAUGAUAUAUAAAAAAAAAUUAAUUACAUGGCCAUUAAUUGAAUUAUGUUCCUCGAUCACCUUUACAAUACUAUAUUUUAUAGAUAUUUGGUUAUGUGUUAGUGGCAGUAAUUUUAUCAAUAACGGUAAGAUGACAUGGAGUGGUAUAUUUGUAUUGGGAAAUUUUGCACAAUACAUGAUGCAUACAAUUAUAUUUGCAGAGAUAUGGUAUAAAGAAAAAAAACUUAAUGAACCAACUGAAACGAUCCCCGUUACUGAAAUACCAAAUACAAAUUAUGGGAUGGCAUAA